AUGCUUUUAAAAAGUUUUCGCAGCAAGCUCAUCGCGUUGGCCGGGCCCACGACCACGACUUCUUCGGCAGCUGAUGAGGCGGCGUGCGAGGAGGACGAGGACGUGGACGACCAGGCGAUCGAGGCACCGCCCGUGAGACUUAGGAAGAAGCGGAACGAGGAGGGCGACAAGGACGAGGAUGGCGACGACGACAGCAAGGCGAAAUGGGGAUUUAUCGCGAUAUAUCGAGACGGGAUGAAGCGGGCAGAACCUGAAGGA